AUGGCGAGGAGGCCAGCGGCUCCAACUCCAUUGAGCAAGAAGCGGUAUAAGAAAUUAGAUUUGAAAAGCUUUUUUCCUAGUACAAAUUCCACAAGUGGAAGCAACUCGGGGCCAAGUACUCGUGAAAGCGGUAAUGUUGUUGUUCCUGAAUCUGAAGAACAAGAAGAGCUACGAGAUUCAGAGCCACAUCCAGUAGAAACAGUACAAAAUGUUGAACAUCAAGAACCGUCCUCACAUGAGCAAGAUGUUGAAGGUAUUAAGGUUUUCAACCCGGAUGUUCAUCUUGUUUCUGAUCCGAGCCUUCGUGUAGCAAUUGAUCAAUUCCAUCCAGACAUUAGAGAUGAUGUUAGGAUGGCUUAUUUGGUGAAGGGCCCAACCAAACCUUAUGGCCAUAAUUUUCCUAAGAAGCCAAAUGAUAAGAGGGUGUUUCUAAAGAAUUGGUUACAACAAUAUGAUUGGUUGGAAUAUAGUGUGGCUAAAGAUGCAGCAUUUUGCUUCUAUUGCUUUCUUUUUAAGCAAAAGCCCUUAGAAACACAUUUUGGUCAUGAUGCAUUCAGUAAAGAGGGGUAUAGAAAUUGGAAAAAUGCAUAUAAUGGAUUUCCUCAGCAUGUUGGUGGCCCGACAAGCUGCGAAAUAAAAUGA